GCCACCAGGGCGCCGCUCACUUCCGCGGGAGCGAUUGGCCAGGCCUGAAUCCAGCAUGGCGGCCAACGCGAGCACCAACCCGUCUCAGCUCCUGCCGCUCGAGCUUGUGGACAAAUGCAUAGGCUCGCGCAUUCAUAUUGUCAUGAAGAGCGAUAAAGAAAUCGUUGGAACGCUUCUAGGGUUUGAUGACUUUGUCAAUAUGGUGUUAGAAGAUGUUACAGAAUUUGAAAUUACACCCGAGGGUAGAAGGAUCACAAAACUAGACCAGAUCUUGCUAAAUGGAAAUAAUAUAACAAUGCUGGUUCCUGGAGGAGAAGGACCUGAAGUAUAAAUUGAUCCAUGUCAUCUAUGAAGACAAGUUAUAUAUGUAUUCUAAAGAGAGCUUUUUGGGGUAUGGGGGUGUGGGGGGAACGUUGUGUUUUGUUUUUACACACUUUUGAAGUUAAUAUUUGAUAAAAGACAAAUUUCCUCUUCAGGAAAGAUGCAUUGCUAAUGCUGACUUUGUAAGUUGAAAUCAUGACUUUCUUGUAAAGGCACACUAAUCUGUUCUGAAUAAAAGGCUUUGUUUUUGUUAAUUACUGUGCUUGGUUAUCUCAAUGCACAAGUUUGAGAUGCUUUUGCAACUGUUCCAUGCCAUGGAAAAUAAUAGCUUGUGUUCCAGUUGCUGUCAAUCAGUCUAUAGUUUUUUAUAUUUGUUGCGUUUUUUUAUUUCUCAAGUCUUUGUAAAAGCUCCUGAGCCAAGACAUUGUACUGCUUGGGAGUACAGGCAGACGUUAGGCUGGACAGUUUGUUUAAACAGUACUUGAAACCGAAUCACCUGCAACCAAGGUGAAUGCUAUGAAGUGUAGGUGAAGCCUGAGAAGUUUGCUCAGUGGAUGUAUCUUUUUGAAAUUCGGGAUCCUCUGGUUCUUCAGUAGCCAGGUUUGGAAGGGACCCCUAGAUCAUUUGGGUUCAGCUCUCUUGAACUUCUUUUGCUUAGUUGAUCUCUUUCUUACAGUAACAAUGGAAUAAUCAUCAUUAAUAAGAAAAGACCAGGCCUAGUUCAUGUUCAGGAAGAAGAAAGGUUAGUUUUACAACUUCACACUCAUGCUACUGGAGGCUGCAUUUUCACCACUAAGUGGAGCUGUACAUACUUAAGUUAGAAGCUGCCUGGCCUUGCUGCUGUGGUUUAGAGUUGUCAUCUCUGAGCAAAUCUAUUCUUUGGGGUAUUCUGUGAUCCAAACGCAAACAUGACAAAUAUUGGAGGUAACGUCUACUUAGGGAGAGAUUCCAUAAGGUAAGGAACUGGUGUCUUUAUCACCAGUUUUUAUCACCGUUUUAUUGUGAUGGACAAAAAACUAACAUGAUUAUAAAUUAUGCUCCCUGCAGCUUAUGAUUCCGUAAUGUCCUGCUCUACUAAUUUCUGUGUUUAAAUGUCUCAGGACUAUCCCAACUGCCUGCUGGAACUGCAGAGACAAGCGGAGCAGUGUGUGGACUCCUAGGGAUAGUAAAUGCCUUCUCCCCAUCACUAGAAGAGGAAAGAACUUUUGAAGAAGAUGGCUCAGGAGCAAGACAGUGCAGGGAGGUUGCAUUAGAUCCUUUUGCUCCCCUUUAUCCAUCUCAGGAAAAG